AUGGAGAAUCAAGAAGUGGAACAGACUCUACCAGCGUCCAGUGAUUGUGUGCCGGCAAGUCAACAGACGGAAGAGGCUCCGCCAAGGUCCAAUGACAGUGUGCCGGCAAGUCAACAAACGGAAGAGGCGCUGCCAGCGUCCAGCAACAAUGUGGCAGAAAACCAGCAGAUGGGAGGGACUCUGCCAAAAUCCAAUGAAAAUGUGGCAGAAGAUCACAAAAUGGGAGGGACUCCGCCUGCCUCCAAAGGCAAUGUGUCGGAAGAAAACGGCGACCAGAGUGUUGAUGAGCAGUACAUGCCGCUCGAAUUACGCGGAAAAUUUUGGACAAGGGGGGCAGUACUUGGAGAAGGUUAA